GGUGUGGGCAGAAAUUUCAUUUAAAAUGUAUACAUUCAUAUAUGUAAUUCCAUAUGUAUAAAAUACAUGUAUGUGUGUGAAACUCACUUUUUAAUAUAAUUUAAUUUCUUUAUCAUUGUAGAUUUGAGCACGCCGCGGCACUAAUGUGCGCAAUACCGGCCGAAAAAAGAAUUUUCAUACUUGUGCAACAUGUGGAAUAGUAAUAAUUGUUAUAGUCGAAGAUGGCUAGUCACGGACACGAGACAAGUGGGCAUAGGAAGCAGCAGAAAUCGGUAUCAACUGUCCAACAGAACAAGGAAAUCUACACAAUCGCUGCAAACAGCAGCGGCGUCGACUUUACAACAACCGCGACAUACUAAACGCAAAUGCCGACGAUUAUGCGAAGCACGCGCGAAACAUACCGAGCAGACUGAGAUAUGGCUACCGCAAAUGUCAACCACGGCGUAUGCGGCAGAUGGAAAAGCGCCGCCGUGCAGACAGCUCUCGCGGCUGUCACGAACUGCGUCAUAUACAACCGCAUCGAUAUGGUCGCACCUAAAGUCCUCAAUAGCGCCUUCCCGGCGCACACGAGUCAACGCUUGCCUAAACCAAAUAAUAGAAGUAUUACUAGCCUUACUAUUAGCCAAUUGCCUGAUGCAGCUAUGCGGACAACUGCCCACGGCGACAGCCGCAUUCGGCGCGCCAACGGCGAGCGAUACACUCGCCGAAGCAUACAACUUCUACACGAGCAGCAGGCUGAGCCAACGCGGCGACGACGACGACGAUGAUGAGUACGCGGACGGUUAUAGCAACAACUAUCGCCAAGCGCACAGCAUCGGCGGCAAUGCGGCGUUUGCAUUCAACGCGUUACAAUUGCCAUCGGCUGCCACGCUGGCUGCAGCUGGCGCUUACAACGUACCAGAUGGUGAUGCCGCGUUGUCGGGGAAUCAGCUGCAACGGAGUCAAAAUUUCAAAAUCAGUCAGAAGCCCUGCUCGAUUGGGCGCAUCGAGGGCACUUGCAUGUUCGUGUGGGAAUGCAUCAAGUCGGAGGGUCGACAUGUGGGCAUGUGUGUGGACUCGUUCAUGUUCGGUUCGUGUUGUGCGCACAAUUAUACAGAGAAUAUUGUAAUGCCGCAGACGUUCUCCUACACGCGUCCCACCAAACCUCUGGGCAUUGGCGGUGUGAAUCAUCGACCUCGACCGCCGCAUCAGCCGCACAAGCCUAGUAUAAGUGGUAUGACUACUAUUGAGCGGCCGCAUGGCGCUGGAACGCUGGUCAUACGUCCAUCUGGGCCGCAUCAUCAGGGCGCUUUGUAUAAGCCUCAGUAUAUGAAACCCUCAACAGUGGGCACAACCACGUCUUUCUCCGCCUCUCACUCAGCAGCGACGACAACAACGACAACCACUUCAACUGAGGACUCCAAUGCGUUGUGGACCUCGAAUUCGGUAUUGCAAGAUUUGCAGCCGGCAGCGGCCACGGCGUCAAAUCAAUGGAAUACAUCACCACAGCUGACAGCCGUAACGCAACACCACUGGCACAUGACGACUGAGCCAAAUUUUAUUACCAAACCGCGGCCGCCCAGCUGGGAGAAACCGACCGGUAUGCGUCCCUCGAAGCCAUCAAAGCCAACAAAGAAACCCAUCUUGCCGCAGCCGCAAUUGCCCAGCUACCAAGUGACGCAGCAACAACAGCAACAGCAGCACACCACAGCGGGUAUUGUGUACACGACGCGAAGGCCAGUGCCGCCGACAUCUACGCAGCCAGCGACAGUCAAACCGUCCGGAUCGCCCUCAUCAGCGGCGGCCAGUGCACCAACAACGCCAAUAUCGGCGCUGUCGUUGACGCGUCCUCAACCACCACACACCGUCUCCUCUGCGUCUUUCGCCACAUCUGCGACUUCGUCAUCGUCAGGCACUAACAUGUGGCAACAACAACAGCAACAGCAGCAACACCAAUACCAACACCACCAGCAACAAUAUCGACCGCCGCCUGUUUAUGCGAAGCCACCAACGAAAGUGCCAGCCACAUCACUGGCGACCACCAGCGGCACUGCGAGCGCGACAACAACAACAAUGGGUACAACAACAACGACAAGCACGCGAUUACCAACAAGCAGUACUACGGUAAAAACGACAACGCGUCCUUACACGCGCCCAACCACGCCCAAUUGGGUCAUUAGCGAAAGUGGUGUGCCCAGCGGCGUCGGCGACGGCACAAUUUAUCCACUGCACUCGUCGUCUACAGGAAAACCAACAACAGCAAUAACGACCACAACAACAACAACAACAACGCAAAAAUAUAAACCCACUUCGACAUCAUCCACUUCGUCAACGUCAUCAUCAUCAUCGGCGCAUACAACCGGCUCAAUGUCGCCCAUUAGACCCACUCAACGGCCCACUUGGUCGCAAACGACACCGACACGGCAACCACCAGCAUCAAAGCCGCCAGCAUCAACCACCUCAUCAUCAUCAUCAACAACUUCAGCAUCAUCAUUAUCAUCUUCUACAUCAUCACAUUCCGCUUCCUCAUCAUCAUCGCUCUCACCACCCGCUUCAUCAUCUACAGCUGUCACUGCAACGCAUAAUAUGCCCACUUAUGGACAUUAUCCGCAUCCGAGGCCGCCGUCGCAGCAGCAGACAUUGUCGCACCACAAUCUGACGACGAUCGAAUCGAAUGAGAUCUCCGAUAGUUUGACCAAUAAUAGCACCGCUAUUAAAAUCAUCACGGCCGCACGUAGCGAAUGCGGUAUUCCGGUUUUGGCGCGUCCGGAGACACGCAUUGUGGGCGGCAAGAGUGCGGCGUUCGGUCGUUGGCCUUGGCAAGUGUCGGUACGUCGUACAACGUUUUUCGGCUUCUCGAGCACGCAUCGCUGUGGUGGCGCGCUGAUCAAUGAGAAUUGGAUCGCAACUGCGGGACAUUGCGUCGAUGAUCUACUCAUCUCUCAGAUGCGCAUACGCGUCGGCGAAUACGACUUCUCACACGUGCAAGAGCAACUACCCUACAUCGAACGUGGUGUUGCCAAAAAAGUCGUACAUCCCAAAUAUAAUUUCUUCACCUACGAAUAUGACUUGGCCUUGGUGAAACUGGAGCAACCGGUGGAAUUUGCGCCGCACGUCAGUCCUAUCUGCUUGCCACAAACGGAUAGUCUAUUGAUUGGCAUGAAUGCCACAGUGACCGGUUGGGGACGUCUCAGUGAGGGCGGCACACUGGCGUCCGUCUUACAAGAGGUAUCGGUGCCGAUUGUGAGUAACGGCAUUUGCGAAUCGAUGUUUGCGCGCGCCGGACGUCAGGAGUCGAUACCGGAUAUAUUCGUGUGUGCGGGCUAUGAGAAUGGCGGACAUGACUCGUGUCAGGGUGACUCUGGCGGACCGUUGCAGGUUAAAUCCGCUGACGGCCGUUUCUUCUUGGCUGGCAUUAUCUCGUGGGGCAUUGGCUGUGCGGAAGCAAAUUUGCCCGGCGUUUGCACGCGCAUCUCGCGUUUCGUGCCCUGGAUCAUGGAAAAUGUAUCGUGAUAGAUCUGUCUCUUGACAAGGCCGGCAUGUAAUCACUUCGUAAAUGGACUGUAAAUAUUUAAGAAUUUUAGUUUUGUCUGCACUAUUCUAGGCAGUACUGUGUUCCGGGCUUUCCUAGCUUUCCUAAACUUUUUUCACUAUUUAUAAGCAUGUUUUCAUAUUUAUUUAUAAUUUAUCUAACUUAGUUAAAAAACAAAAAGAAAAACAAAUAUUUACACUGUUGAAACACUAACCUAAUUUAUAUAAAUUAUGUGAUUUAUAUUUAUGCAAGUAGUUAGUCGCAAUUAAAUGAUGAAAUAGUUUUAGGUAAAUUUAAAUAAAAUGCAAUGAAUUUAAUAAAAUAGUUUUAAAAUAUUUUUUAGAUUUAGUAAAAUACGUUAAACGCUGUAUAACUGUAUUUCUAAUAGCGCAAAUUUAUUAUGAAUGAAUUAUGUAAUAAUUUAGUAUUAAUUGAGUUUUUUAAUGCUAUAAAUAUUUACUAAAUUUUAAUUUUAUUAUUUAUUCACAUUUUGCAAUAUUUCAAUUUAAGUAUUUUUUCUUUACUUUCACAAUUUUUUAUUGCACAAUAUUAAGUAUGAAUGUAUGUAAGUAGCGUGACAAUAUUGAAAAUAAUUAAUUUAUUUAAUUUUGUACAUAGUAAAAGUCAUUUCAUCACACUGUUGUUGUAAGCUUAUCAUAUUCGAAAGUCGAACUUUACAUGUGUAUGUGUUAGUGAGGAAUCAAUUAAAAUCAUAAUAACACGUUUCUAAUAACUGCUGCGUAUACUCGUAAAUCAAAAUAUGCAGGCAAUAAUUGAAUAACUAAAUAAAUGAAUUAAUUAAUUAAUUAAUGACUAAUCUUGCCCAAAGAAGCAAAUAAAAUUUAAAGAAAAAAAUAUAAAUAUUUUUCAUAUGUUUUUGGUGUAUUUACGAUGGUGAAUGAGUGGCAGUGGGGUUGAGCUGAGCAUCAACUCCUCUAAGAUGGCCAAGUCCCUGACUGGCCUCAGGAACUUAACCGGUGGGAGCAGAAAGAUAGAGAUGAGCAACAUGGUCAAAUAUCUUGGUCCCACGCUGUAUGGUAGCAGUAUGUUGAUCUGACAAUAAUGGAUUGUCAGUUG